AAUAUUUUCUUGCAUUUAAAGGGUUUCCUGAAGUAUCUUCCUGAAAAUGUUGGCUGAUGAUUUCUUGGACCUUGGCAAAAAUCGUAUAUCCGAGGAUAAAUACGAAAUACAAAUUUCAUAUUGACUAUGGUUGAGUUGCAGCUCAGAGUUAUUCUCUGAAAAAUAUUUCUAUACUGUAUGUCAAUAUACACAAUGUAUAGUUUCAUAUAUCCAUAAUAUGGCCAUGAUCAGCCAUUGCUCCUUCGUCGACGUCAUCUCAAAUCUCCAGUGACCCAGCCAGAGCGCGUGCGCAAUAAUAAGUUCAAAAUGGCGGAUUUUGAAAUGCCAUUGGCAAUUUCUUUCCAAAAUAAAUGCUCAUUCUUUUUAAAGCGCAAAAACAGAUAUUGCAAAAUGAUUCCGGGAAAAGGCAAAAAGUUUUGUGGAGAGCACUCUUAUCUUGAACUAGGACAAAAUGAGGUUUCCGCUAAAAGAAAACGCAUUAAUUGCCCAUUAGACGAAAACCACACAGUCUUUGAAGAUCAAUUGGAAAAACAUUUGAAAAAAUGCAACGUGACUAAAAAGAGACAAGUUGAAUACUACGAGAAGAAUAUAAACAAUGGUCAAUUGUUAACAGAUACAAAUCACCAGUUGAAAAAGCAACCCUUAAAAAAUAUUCCUAAAGAAGACAUACAGUUAUGCAUAGAAAAAAUAAGAUCUUUUUUUAAAGAAAUUCCAUUGGUUAUUAAAGAAUCAUAUUUAUCUCAAAAGAAUGUUGAUGAUGAAAUAGACGAAACAAGUCCUGUAUUAGGCAAACAUCUACAACAGCAGUCUUCUUUAAUUGGUAAUAUGAGAGCUGCAGAUCUUCUGGCAUCCAAUUCAAUAUAUGUUGAGUUUGGAGCAGGACGAGGAAUGUUAUCACAUUGGGUCCAGAAAUCAAUGAAAGACAUAGAGAACAUUGACUUUUUGCUCGUUGACAGGGCCAGCUGUCGUUAUAAGGCUGACUCUUAUCAUCGAAGAAUUGAUCAAGGACCAACAUUCAAUCGCAUCCAAAUUGACAUUCAACAUUUGAAUCUUAAGAAUGUUCCUCUAAUAUCUAAUAGUGAUCAAUAUCUAACUGGAGUGAGCAAACACCUUUGUGGGGCAGCUACAGAUCUUGCAUUGCGAUGUUUAAUGAACACAUCUGAAAGCAGUCGUUCUGUCAUUUUAACUCAGAAACGAGCAGAUGAAAGAGUAUGUAAAAGAAUGAAACUUGAAGAUAGUCGUGUGAACGGUCUUGCGUUUGCGUUGUGUUGCCAUCACUGUUGUUCUUGGGAUACAUAUGUUGCCAGAGAAUUUCUUGAGUUUCACGGAUUUAAUGAAUAUUAUUUUAACAUCGUUUGUGGUCUGACUAGUUGGGCAACCUGCGGCUCUAGGCACAAUGUUAGAGAGAAAAAGACAAACGGUGAAGACACUUUAACCGUGAAUAAUGCUGAAACUUUAAAUAAUAAAACAAAUGGUGAUAGCAAAGCAUUACAAGAUAAAGAGAACGUUAGCUGUUUGAAAUCAUUGGGUCUGAGUAAGAGCGAAAGCGAACAUAUAGGACGUCAAAGUAAACGUCUUCUAGAUGUUGGUCGUUUGUCCUACCUGAAUAAACAUGAUCUGGACACUUGUCUCGUUUAUUAUGUUGAUCGGUCUGUUUCUCUCGAAAAUGUUGCCUUGAUUGCUUGGAAUAGAAAAAGAUGCAGAGGAAUGGCUUAGGCUUUCACCUUCCAUUAUCUAUGACGUCGUUGAUUGCUUGAACAAAGCUCGCGCCACGCAGUUAUUGCAGUCAGAAAGAGCCUUUCUGUUAUUAUUCAAAACAAGAUAUGGUAUGGAAACGAUUUCAUAGUUUUUUCGUUUUAUUUUAUUGACACACUUAUAUACACAUCCUUUGAGAACAUUUAAUGUAAUUCAAGAGAAGGUGAGAAAGUAACGUGAACUAUAGAUUAAGAUUUUUAAAUCACUAAUUAUUUUAAAAAAAUAUGAUUCAUAACUUAGUGCUGUUCUACUCUACUAUCAAAGCUUUCUAUGUAGACUGCCAUUGAGAUAAGAAACGAUCUUUAACAGCGUCCAGGAAGUCUUCGGUAUUCAGGUAAUGUUCCCUUUUAACACUAAAAUCAUAAAACAUUUAUAGAAAUGAAUAACUCGCUUGUAUUGAAAGAAGGGAAAUGUUCUUAUCUACUUUGAAAGUCCGUAAAUACAUGCAGCCAAGUCUUUCGUCAUUUGACCAUUGUCCACACAAUCAACGCACGCUUUUUCCAACAAUACACUGAACCUACAUUACAAAAGAUCGUUGAACUAUUCUCAGUCGUCUGAGUAAUAAAAAAACGAUUAAAAAUCCUACGUACCUUUCAAGUUCAUUAUUUCCAUCAAGUUUACCCCUGUGUGCUAAACCUUGUGUCCAUGCAUAAAUACUAGCAAUGGGGUUUGUACUAGUUUCAUUCCCCUGAAAAAUCAGAAUCAUGAAAAAAUGCACUCAAAAUUGCUGAAACUUUGGCGUUAUUGUAAUACAAUAAGGAAAAUUGACCUUUUGAUGUUCCCUGUAAUGUCUAGUUACUGUACCAUGAGCAGCUUCAGCCUCAAUGGUUUUACCAUCAGCACAUACUAAGACACUAGUCAUUAGUCCAAGAGAACCAUAACCUAAAGAAACAUGUCCAUAACAAACAAUAGAAAAGUAAUCAAAUGUUGUUCAAAAUUUACAAGAAAACAGAAGUUAGAAUGUAGUGUCACCUUGUGCUAGAGUAUCCGACUGUACAUCACCAUCAUAAUUUUUGGCUGCCCAAACAAAUCCUCCGGGAGAUUUCAUUGCGUAGGCAACCUGUAACAGAAUAUGACAGAUGGAAUAAUGAUGUUGCAUAAUUUUAAUAUGUGAUGUCAUUCAAACACACUCACCAUAUCAUCAAUUAGCCUAUGCUCAUACCAGAUAUUAGCAGUCUCAAACUUUCCUUUAUAUUCUCUGAUAAUCAAAAGAAAAGAAGCAACACUUUGAAGAAAAGGUCAAUAAUCCUUGUAAAGAUACUGUUUAUAUUCAUCCUAAUAGUAGAUUGAUCAUUAAGUGUUAUGUCUUGCAUUUGCUUUUUUUCAGACGAUUUACUUUGUGGUCAUAAAAAAUUUAACAGAAGCCUACUCUUCAUAAAUUUCUUCAAAGAUAUCUUUAAAACGUCCAUCGUAACGCUUCAAGAUAGUGUUUUUUGUACUCAUAUAUAGAGGCCACUUCUUCAACAGGGCAUAUUGGAAACAGCUAUUUGCAAAGUCUCUAAUUGCCUUAAGAAAAAUAAUAACAUUGAUCAUUACUGAACUGAUAAUAAACGCAGUACCAAAAAGAUGAAAAUAACUAACCUCAUCUGUAUUAUACAUGCCCAUCAUGACUCCUCCAUCACCUUUAAAGUCAUACACAACAGUAGUCUUUUUCUCUCCAUUCUCUGGUUCAAAUGAAAUGGUAAAUUUUCCUGGACCUCGGACAACAUAGUCAGUUGCUUUGUACUACCACAAAAAAAUUGAAAACUGAAUAUAAAAAAUUUGCCAUCUACAUAAGUUUGCGCCAGCAGACUUUGAGGUUUUUUGCAUUCUUUGAUAUAACACCAAAUGCCACUUAUUAUUUGCUAUUGUACCAGGUGGUGCUAGGUGCUAGAAUCUCGCAUUACAGGAGCAACAUUUCUGAUAGUAAGAGUUAAGCUUCAACAUUUCAAAUCAUGCUUUAUAACAUGUAGAAAACAUAGUGAUGGAAUGAACGUUUUUACCAUGUACUCAAUCACAAAAUUGUAUAAACACAUAAUAAUUCAAUGCUUUGCUCAGUUAAAAAGUACCUGAUCACCAAAAGCAUGUCGACCUAUGACAAUAGGUUUCUCCCAGCCUGGAACAAGACGUGGUAUGGUUUUACAAAUUAUGGGCUCACGAAAUACAGUUCCGCCUAAAAUGUUUCGAAUGGUUCCAUUGGGACUCUUCCACAUCUUCUUCAAUUGGAACUCUAUGUAUGUUAAGAUACAUGUAGUUUCUUGUCAUACCUUGUAAGGCAAUGGUUUAUCAUCAAAAGUUUAGCUACCUUUGACUCUGGCUUCAUCAGGAGUGAUAGUUGCACACUUGAUGCCAACAUUAUAUUUCUUGAUUGCUUCAGCUGCAUCAAUGGUGACUUGAUCACGAGUCUCUUCACGAUAUGGUAGUCCAAGAUCAUAAUAUUUAAUGUCCACAUCAAGAUACGGAUGUAUUAACUGGAAUAUCCAAGACAAGUUUAUGUAUUUAGCCAAGAGGUAAACUGCCUUAGUAAUUUUACUCUGUAAGGUGUACAGUGCUAAUGACAAGUCAACUCAACAUGUUAAGCCCUUGAAACGCCUUCAUUAUGCCUAUUUUAAUAACUAGUUGAAAAUAAGUGUAUAUAUAAAAGCACACUUUAAAUAAAGAGUAAAAGUACACUUUAACGGAA